GGGAAAAUUCCACCGGACGCCACGCCACAGAACGCUCCCGGCCUCUCUCUGUUUGCUCUCGCGUCCGCCGCGCCCGCCCCGUCCCGUCCGUGCCCGCGCGCGUGCUCGCUCGCUCGCCGCCUCCGAUCCACCGGCCCACCACCGCGCCGGCGGCAUGGCGGAUCAGCUCACCGACGACCAGAUCGCCGAGUUCAAGGAGGCCUUCAGCCUCUUCGACAAGGACGGAGAUGGUUGCAUCACCACCAAGGAGCUGGGAACAGUCAUGCGUUCGCUGGGGCAGAACCCAACGGAGGCUGAGCUCCAGGACAUGAUCAAUGAAGUCGACGCUGAUGGCAACGGCACCAUUGACUUCCCAGAGUUCCUCAACCUGAUGGCCCGCAAGAUGAAGGACACCGACUCAGAGGAGGAGCUCAAGGAGGCCUUCAGGGUGUUCGACAAGGACCAAAACGGCUUCAUCUCUGCUGCUGAGCUCCGCCACGUCAUGACGAACCUCGGCGAGAAGCUCACCGACGAGGAGGUGGACGAGAUGAUCCGUGAAGCCGACGUCGACGGUGAUGGCCAGAUCAACUAUGAGGAGUUUGUCAAGGUCAUGAUGGCCAAAUGAGCACCCAACCGUGCUCCCAAGACAGGAGGAGAAUUGUGCAUUGCAUAUUAGUUUAAGAUGCAACUCUUAUUUGAUCGAUUUCCAGUUAAGCAUCCUACCUAGCUGUAGCUGCUAAAACGGAUUGGACGACGCAAUUCCUGCUAUGUUCUCCAGUGUGUUUCCAGACCUCUUGUGUUUUAUGUGAACUUGUGUCCUCCCUGGUGUAUCCUGAUUGCUGUUGCGCCCGUUUGUAGUAUAUUUUUUCAUCAACUUCUGCUUGACUCUUCUAGUAUCAAUGGAAAGCCGGUGUUUCGUAA